AUGGCUUCCAUCCUCGUCUUCCAGGGCGCAGCCAUUCAUUCUACCAGCCUCGAAACCCUCGAAAUCAUUGAAAACGCCAUUUUAGUCGUUACCGACGGUCGCAUCACCGCCUUCCACAAAUCCUCCGAAAGCCAUAACGGAUUUCCUCCAACCGCGCAAGUUCACCGUCUCCCUCCUGGCGAAUUCCUCAUCCCCGGCUUCGUCGAUACCCACAAUCACGCGCCGCAAUGGCCAAUGCGCGGUCUCGGCCAGGGGCUGCACAUCCUCGACUGGCUCAGCGAAAUCACCUUCCCCGUCGAAGCCCGCUUCGCCGACCCCGCAUACGCCGCGUCGAUGUACGAGCACACUGUCGAAGACUUCCUUCGCCAGGGGAUCACGACUGCUUCCUACUACAGCUCGCGGCACGCCGAGGCAACAAAGAUCCUAGCCGAAAUAUGCCAUAGGAAAGGACAGCGGGCGUUUGUGGGAAAAUGCAACAUGGAUAGGAACGCGCCGGACUACAUACAAGAGGCAAGCGCUUCUGACUCACUACGUGAGACUGAGGAAUGCAUCGAGCAUAUUCGCCGUUUGCCUGGAUGCGACCGUGUGGAAGGCGCUCUCGUCAAUCCCGUGGUGACACCGAGAUUCGCCAUCUCCUGCACGCCGGAGCUGCUCCAAGGUCUCGGCGAGAUUGUCCAGCGUGAUAACUAUCUGGCCGUCCAGACUCAUUUCAACGAGGCGCAGCAGGAGAUAGACGCCACAACGGAGCUCUUCCCUCAGUUCAAGGGUAGCGAGGCCGACCUCUAUGAGAGCUACGGGCUGUUGAAUUCUCGGUCUAUACUUGCUCAUUGCACGAUCAUGACAGAUCACGAGAAGGAGAAGAUCCACUCGUUGAAGUGCGGCGUCGCCCAUUGCCCGAUCGCAAAUAUGACCGUCGGCGGAGGCUUCAUGGUCGCCCCCGUGAGGGACCUUCUGCGACGUGGCAUCAAGGUCGGGCUUGGAACCGACAGUGGUGGCGGUUGGGCGUCCCAAAUGCUGGCCGUGAUCCGGCAGGCGAUGAUCGCUUCGAACGCCCGUGAAGUGCUGUCAGAAGGUAAGGACAAGGCGCUGACGUUUGAAGAGACUUUUUACCUGGCCACACUGGGAGGCGCGCGAGUUCUCCGUCUUGAAGACCGGAUCGGCAACUUCGAGGUCGGCAAGGAGUUCGAUGCCAUAUGGGUGUCUACGACGACCGGCUUGCAGUCUGCCAUGACACCCCGAGAGGGUGGAGAUUCGCUUAGGAGGGUGUUUGAGAAAUACAUCAUGACCGGCGAUGACCGGAACGUAGCGCAUGUCGCAAACGACAUUAUCCACGCCAUCAUGUCUGUCAAGGGGACUGACCCGGAUAUCCUGAGUGAGCGAGAGCGGCUGGCUGUGUUAGAAGCCUGCGCGGACCUGAGAGGUGCCCUCAUUUACGAUACCGCUACAGCUGCCACAAUGACCGCCAUUGAUAGGGAACUGUUCGAUGCCGCUGUGGAGGCAACGACCAAGAGCCGCAGAGUCUUUGCGUCGUUUAGGGAGAGGUCCCCGCCCUCCAGCUCGGUGUUGUCCGGCCGGGCUAUCUCGCAGGAUCAGCCGCUCAUGGUUGAGAAGACUGAGCACUGCCCGGCUGUCAUUCAGACGAUGCCAUUGUACGAUGUCUGCAUGGAUAGCACCAUGCUGGCGAUUAUAUCCGCGUUGAAUCGCUCCGAGGCGAUGUCCUGGGACCUGCUGGAGGCUGCGACUGAGCUGCGAAAGGUCAGAAGGCCAGAGGUUGUUGUUAAUGGGUCGACGAUUUUGUUGGAGGCUCUCGAGCGUUUAUGUGGUUCUUCGGUCUGCCUAAGAUUAUAUUAA